GGAUGCCUGUAUGAGCAGCCUUCAGGAGUCAAAUUCACAGCACUUCGCAUCAGCACUUUGUGCUGGGCAGAGCUUGCCUGUGCCCAGGCACCCUGGGUGAGCGGGGCUGCUGGACAAGCCUCCCCAGCAGCACCCAGCGACGGGCUGGGAGGAAGCAGCCCACUGCCGAGCUCUGGGGCAGGUGCGUGAGCUGGUCUGAGCCUGGCACUGCAAGCCUGAGAGCAAAGCAGAGAACCCUUUGUGGGAAUGCCCCUUGCAGGGACUCCUGCUCCUGUUAAAAGGAAAAAGUCCACUAAACUCAUUGGGAAGCUGACACACGAAGUCAUGCCACAAGAGGUGUCCAAGCUGAACUUGGGGAAGAAGAUCAGCAUCCCCAGAGAUGUGAUGCUAGAAGAGCUUUCUCUCCUCACUAACAAAGGAUCCAAGAUGUUCAAAUUACGGCAGCUGAGGGUGGAGAAGUUCAUUUAUGAGAAUAACCCUGAUGCCUUCACCGACAAUUCUGUGGAUCACUUUCAGAAGUUCAUCCCACCAGGAGGGCAUUACGGGGAAGAUGCUCAUGGCUAUGCCCAUGGGCGGAUGGUAGGAGGAGUGACAGCUGGGCAGCAUGGCUCCAGUAAGCAGCAGUAUCCCGCUGUUCCUCCUAGGCCUGGAAGCAAAGGAGGCCCUGGGGACAGCGAAGGGGAACGUACGGGGGAAUUGUCUGGAAGUGGUGGAGAAGGAGGUGAUGGUACUGAGAAAGAUGGAAAGUCAGGAGGCAAAAAAAUCACUAUAUUUAAAACUUACAUCUCCCCCUGGGAAAAAGCAAUGGGUAUCAGCCCCCAGGACAAAAGUCAGUUCACCACUGACUUACUGUCAUAUAGUCCCAAAGCUGAUUUCCCCCAUUACAAGUCUUUUAACCGGACUGCCAUGCCUUACGGGGGUUAUGAGAAAGCAGCCAAACGGAUGACCUUCAAAGUGCCUCAGUUUGAUAUUUGCCCUUUGCUUCCAGAAUCUCUCAUGAUAUAUAAUCAAAAUUUCAGCAACAGACCUUCCUUCAACAGAACCCCAAUACCUUGGAUGCCUUCAGGAGACUCCUCCGAAUACCAUACUGAGGUCAAUGUGCCAAGGAGUGGUGAAACAGAAGAGCUGUAAAUCCCCACUGCCAAGGCCUUCCUUUUUUCUCAGCCCUUUCUAUUUGCAAGCUGAUAGUAAGGAGCUGAAAAGUGCAACUCUAGUUCUAUCGGCCCUUCCUUUCUUUUGCCCUUAGCCCAGCCAUGUUCCUAGCAGGUUCGAAACUUAUCUUUGCUGUGGUGUUAAUCCAUAUCAGAAACAGUUCGAGGGAAAAGAGCUUUUUAUUCACCAGGGCAUAAAAGGGCAAGACUAGGAAGUGUUUUUCUGUUUAGCAAUGCUAAAUGCUGCCUGUCUUCUCCAUAAUAAAUCUGUUUUGUCAUAUAUUAACAAGUAAUAAAACACCAAGAGGA